UUUGCGUGACCAGAUCGAAAUCCUCUUAUAGGGUUCUUCUUCGAUAGACGUAAAGGGAAAUUUAGCUGUAAUUUUUGUUCAAUUUUCUAAUAAAUUUCGUCUUUCUGGCACAGGUGGAAGUAGCGGAUGCGGACGGUCGUCUAUACUGCGUGGACGGUCUCGUAAGCACCGCCAACUGGCUAAAGAUCGUCACCCUCGCGAAGGACUGUCAAAGUUGCAACGUUCUGCUGAUGUCCACCGAAAACGGAGUGAUACUGAAGACCGUAAGAUGCAUAUCCCCGGGCGAACCUCUGCUCAUGUGGUUCACCGAGGACAUUCUUGCCAUGCUGAACAUGCCUUUCCUGACGCCAUCCAACAUUCAAGGACAGAACCGGUACAUGUGCCACUUGUGCAACAACCUCUUCGAGUACCCCAACCCUCUGAAGAUCCACCUAGCUUUGAAGUGCAAUCGACUGGACGCCAAUCACCUCUGGUCCACGUUGGCGAAAGAGUUCAACGUGUCGUCGAGAUCCAAAUUAUCCUUCAACUUGUUUCCGCAAUCGACGUUCCGAUUCGAGCUAUCCAGAUCUCCGCAGACGUCUCCCAACUCUAGAAUAUCCCCAAUCCUGGUGGAAUCUAUGGACUCGACGAUUUCCAUCACGACCACCUCCUCAAGAUCGUCGAAUCAACCUUCUCCGUCGCCUUCCAACGAAACCUCGCCCAAUUCCUCCACCGCGCAAGUUUCGCCCACCUCGUCGACGCAAGUGUCUCCCGCGAGGAAGGACCUGGCCUACAGACAAUCCGCUUUCAAACCCUACAUGAACCAAACGAACGUGUUCGCCAGCGUUUGCCCUCCCGUUAGAGAGGGACCCGUCAUGGCGCCCUUUAACGUCCAAACGACCGCGCCAACCAUCAAUACGGACGCCCACGCCGCCCAGAUGGAGACGAUAGUCAGCAAUCUUGGGAAAUCGAAGCAGGGGAACCAGUGCAUCUACUGCGGGAAAAUCUACUCCAGAAAGUAUGGCUUGAAGAUCCACAUCAGGACUCACACCGGCUACAAACCACUAAAAUGCAAAUACUGUCUACGACCUUUCGGCGAUCCGAGCAACUUGAACAAACACGUACGACUGCAUGCCGACGGGGACACGCCUUACAGAUGCGAGCUGUGCGGAAAGGUUUUGGUCAGAAGAAGGGACCUAGAGAGACACAUAAAGUCGAGACAUCAAAACAUUGAUCAAAGUUCCGACACGUCGUCAGAUGGGAACGAAGUUUGA